AUGCCCCGGACCAACGAUGGCAACAAGAAGCCCCCGACGGCCGCCACAAACCUCAUCGCCGGAGGUGGCGCCGGCAUGAUGGAGGCCCUCGUCUGCCAUCCCCUCGACACAAUCAAGGUCCGAAUGCAGCUCUCGCGCCGCGCUCGCCUGCCCGGCGCCCCGAAGCGCGGCUUCGUCCGCACCGGCGUCGAGAUCGUCAAGAAGGAGACGCCGCUCGGCUUGUACAAGGGCCUCGGCGCCGUCCUCACGGGCAUCGUCCCCAAAAUGGCCAUCCGCUUCACCUCGUUCGAGUCUUACAAGCAGCUCCUCGCCGACAAGUCCUCGGGCGCCGUCUCCGGCCGCGCCACCUUUGCCGCCGGCCUCGCCGCCGGCGUCACCGAGGCCGUCGCCGUCGUCACUCCCAUGGAGGUCAUCAAGAUCCGCCUCCAGGCCCAGCACCACUCCAUGGCCGACCCCCUCGACAUCCCCAAGUACCGCAACGCCGCCCACGCCCUCUACACCGUUGUCCGAGAGGAGGGCUUCGGCGCCCUCUACCGCGGCGUCAGUCUCACGGCCCUGCGCCAGGGCUCCAACCAGGCCGUCAACUUCACCGCCUACAGCUACUUCAAGGACGCCCUCAAGCGCUUCCAGCCCCAGUACGAGAGCGUCAAUCUGCCCAGCUGGCAGACGACCGUCAUCGGCCUCGUCAGCGGCGCCAUGGGUCCCCUGAGCAACGCCCCCAUCGACACCAUCAAGACCCGCCUGCAGAAGACGCCCGCCGAGCCCGGCGUCAGCGCGUGGUCCAGGAUAGCCCGCAUCUCGUCCGACAUGUUCAAGCAAGAAGGCUUCCACGCCUUCUACAAGGGCAUCACGCCGCGCAUCAUGCGUGUUGCUCCCGGCCAGGCCGUCACCUUCACCGUUUACGAGUAUCUCAAGGACCACCUCGAGCGCAGCAACUUGUCCUUUACCGGCGCCGGCAAGUACGAAGAGUAG